AUGAGGGAGCUUUUUGAGAUGACAGACCUGGGGUUGAUGACUUUCUUUUUGGGAAUGGAAGUCAGGCGGAAAGAUCAUGAAAUCUUCAUAUUCCAGAAAAAGUAUGCUAAGGAGAUUCUAAACAAGUUCAACCUUGAAGAAUGCAAGGGCAUGAAUACUCCUAUGAAUGUUAAGGAAAAGCUAAGCAAGGAUGAUGGAACAGAAGGAGUAGAUCAGGUGCAUUUUAGAAGCAUGGUUGGCUGCCUCAUGUACCUUACAGCUACCAGACCUGAUAUCUUGAAUGCAGUAAGCAUUUUGUCAAGGUUUAUGCAUUGUCCUACUGAAAUGCAUCUCAAAGCAGCUAAAAGUGUGUUUAGGUAUGUCAAAAAUACCUGCAAUUUUGGAAUUAAGUUCAAGAAAUGUGAGGAAUUUAAGUUGAUAGGCUAUUCAGACAGUGAUUGGGGAGGUUCUGUAGAUGAUCUAAAGAGCACUUCAGGAUAUUGUUUCUUCCUUGGGUUUGGUGCAUUCUCUUGGUGCUCAAAGAAGCAGGACAUAGUGGCUCAGUCAACUGCAGAGGCUGAAUUCAUUGCUGCUACAGCAGCUGUAAAUUAA